UUUUUUAUGAAUAGCUAAGCAACAAGGAAAAUGUUAAAAAUAGCAGUUUCAAGGUUAACCUUUCUUUCACUUGCCCUAUUAUUCACGACAGUGGAGACAGCAAAAGCUAUUUUAAAAUUUGACAUUUACGAACAAUCUCCAGCUGAAUCGAGAAACUAUACAAAAUAUGCAGAAGUGGCUCCCAUUACGAAUGAAUCGGUCGUGCUUUAUAAAUUCAUGAAUUCUGAAUAUUACGGCAAAAUAAGCAUCGGUCAUCCUGCAAAAGAAUUUAAAGUUGUCUUCGAUACAACUUGGGGAGAUUCCUGGCUUCCUUCAGAACGAUGCAGCUUUUCAGAAAUUGCUUGCAGAAUUCACACUAGAUAUGACAGUACACAAUCUUCCACUUAUCAAGCGGUUGGAACACCUGUAAACAUAACGGCGAACACUUUUUCCCUUUUGGGAUUUUUAUCAAGAGACGAUUUUCACUUACCUCAUAAAAAAGUGGAAAAUCAAACAUUCAUUGAAAUGACACACAUGUCGCUCAAAGCUUUCAUCACGGCAAAAGCUGAUGGAAUAAUCGGUCUAGGAUUUCCAACUCUAAGUCAUUUAAGUAACACUAUCCCAUUUUUCUAUAAUAUGCGAAAACAAGGAAUCAUUAAUGAAAACGUAUUCACAUUUUACAUGAACAGAGACGAAACGACGGAAAAAGCUGGCAGACUAAUUCUUGGAGGUACGGAACGAAGACACGUUAAAGGGCAACUAACUUUUGUACCUGUUACUGAAAAAGCCUACUGGAAAAUUCAAUUAGAUCGUAUUACUGUUGAGAGUAAAAUGAAAACUUUCUUCAUUACGGAAAACGUUAGCGCAAUUAUGGAUUCGAGCACGAAUGUGAUAAGAGGACCCCGACAAUUAAUUGAGCAAAUAAAUACUUUACUCAAUGCCAAAGAUAUUUCACCUUCGUUUGGAAGAUACGUUGUUAAAUGCAGAGAAUAUGCAAAACUACCUCAAGUGCAUUUCAUGAUUAAGAAUCGCGAUUUCACUAUUGAAUCGAAAUAUUACGUUCAACGGAUGAAUAUUGGAAGUGUGGAAGUAUGUCUCUCUCCUUUUAUACCAUCAGAGCUUGAGUCUCUUUGGGAACUCGGUGGCGCAUUUUUAAUGCAGUUUUAUACCGAAUAUUAUUUCGAUGGUAGAAUUGCAAUAGGAGAAACUCUAAUGUAGUUCUAAAAGAAAAAGUGGCCUGGCGGUACAUUCCAUAAACUACGUUAUCAUUUUGAAGGGUGGCGGAGGUGUUAUAAGUGGAAAUAACUUUACGAACUUAGAUAACAUUCAAAACUUGAACCGAACAGGGAAAGACAACUAUAUUUUUGGGAAAAAAUUAAUUUUUUUAUUGAAAAGUCUAUUAUUUGGUUGAAAAUAAAUGUUUGAA